AAAUACACGAUAUAAAGUAAAAAAGCCCCAAAUGGAUGUAGUAUUCCACAAGUUUCCAGUUGACACAUCGUUACGUAGUGAAUGGAUUAAAUUUUGCGAAAGGGAUGAGUCUUGGACACCAUCAAAAGACCACGUUAUUUGUUCAUUACACUUCGUUAAAGAAGAUUAUCAAAUGGUACAUGCAACUAUAAAUGAAGAUAGAAGAGUGUUGAAAAAACUUAAACCAACUGGUGGAGUAUACGAUCAUCCUUCACCGUUAAGUUGUUUAUACCGAAUUCGAAUGAUGAUUUUGGGAAAGACGAAUACUAUUUUGAAAAAUCACACAUCAUAUGAAGAAAAAAAUAAUUCAAAUUAUAGCAACACACCAAACAACGAAGGAGAUCACAAUGAGGAAUAUCUGUCUGCCACGGUAUUUUCCAUUGUAGAUAAUCCUCAAACACUGCCAGAAAUUUCAUUGAUGGAAGAAAAUAACAACCUGACGGGAAGUAAUAACGCUGAAAAUGAAAUUGUUGGCUACGUUAGUAGCAGCAAUUUAGAAAUAUCAGAACAAGAAAGUGAUGGGCUGCAUUACAUAAUGGGAUAUCUCGGAUAUAAAUUCAGUGCUAAGUAUCCAAAUUUAUGUUUAGGCAAGCAUACCUACCAAAUCACUGAUGACCAUACCUACGGCCAACCGCCGUCGUUUAUAAGACAUUUGUCUCUGGGAGGUCUAUUCGAGCCGUCAGAGAACUUUAUAAAACAAGGAAACAAGAUGGAAUUUUUUUUUCUCAAGCUGAAUCCAGAAGGAAACCUGAGCAAGAAAAGUGGCAUAAUCGUCGACCAAUCGUAA